AUGUAUGUUGUUGUUCCUGAAGUGAAAACCACACCAUUUCGGCCACCUGCAGUAGCAAACACGUCAAAGACCGUCCCGUUUAACAAAGUUCUGCAGUUUACGGUAUGCCUGAUAGGCCUUUAUGUCGUUUUCGCUGUGGUCUUUUAUUACUACAUUGUUGAUAAUUCUCCCUCUACGCGCAUCGUGUACACGUAUUCCCCACAACAGACCUCGAAUACAUCUGGAAUCAGUGAAAUAAACGCUGAACUUGGCAGACGACUGUCUUUUCCGGUAUGGAAUAUUGCAAAGGAGAAGGUGGCCGUUAUUGUGCCUUACAGGAAGCGGAGGGACGAUUUGCUUAUUUUUCUUACUCGUAUCAUUCCAUUUCUAAACCAGCAGAAGAAAGAGUAUGCUAUAGUUAUUACGGAACAGGCCAACAGUGAAGCCUUCAAUCGAGCCAAACUCUUUAAUGUUGCUGUCAAGGAGAUUAGGCAGGCUUCGCCUGGUGACCGACUGCGUGACAUCCAGUGUUUCAUCCUGCAUGAUGUUGACAAACUGCCGAUUUCAUCUUCCGCUCUGUACGAAUGUGGACAAAGCGUCAGGCAAUUGGCCACGUCAUUUCGAUCUGAGAAUAAAACUCUACGGUUGUACGAUGAUUUCCUAGGAGCUGUUACAGCCUUCAGAUGGGAACACAUUGAACGCAUCAAUGGCGCCUCAAACAUCUUCUAUGGCUGGGGCGGAGAGGACGAUGACUUGGCAGCUCGUCUAAGACUUAACAAAAUUCCAGUGGACAGAGCUUCCGACAACGACGGCAUAUUCGACGAAUUUGAUGCCAAUCAUCCACGCGAUAUGAACGAAAUGCGAAUAGAGUUAACUACAGAAGAGAGCGUCGCUCGUCGCUGGAAAACAGAUGGGCUUAAUCAAACAAGCUACCAUCUCCAUGACAGAAUUAACUACGAUUUUUUUGUCUGGCUUUUGGCGUCCGUUUAA